AACAAAGAGCUCCAAUCAAUUCAGCCUCUGACGUCACAGCUCGGAGCAGAGAGACAGCAGCCGAGGCGUACGCAACCGUUUUUGGCUAAAUCUGCCUUCUUAGGCGUGGAGUUACCUGCUGUAUGACGUGUUUCGGCCGGCGGCAGCCAAAGGGAUCCUGGGGAAACACGGGAUGCUGUGCAGCAUUACAGAAGUGGGAGGAAGACGGAAUGCGAGCGUGACCGAAUGGCUUCUCCGGUGCUGCCUUUAACAAGAGACGAUGAUAAGCAGCCACAUUCUCGUGCCGUCCUGGAACGCCUCUCCGCUGUGCUGCACGUCCGCAAGCAGGGCGAAUCAACCGGAGGGGGGUCCCUCGGGGACGCCGGCUGUAACCCGGCCCGGAGAUGCCAUGACCGUUGUCAUUCAGCUGCGAGGCGCUCGGAGGUCAAACUGCGUCCUUUUGGGGAGGAGAAAGUGCGCGUCUGCUGUGACGAGGAAUUGGAGACAUCCUUCACCUAUAUAGAUGAAAACGUCAACCUGGCGAUUGGCAGCCCAGAGACAAGCUGUAAAAGUUCUCAAAAAAACGGGCGCAACUGCGAGUCGUGCUCAGAGACCGUACCAGAAUUCUCUUUCAUGUCGGAGGAUGAUCUAUCCUUUGUGGAGGCCUCAGGGUCCUCAGUGGACUACUGGUUUAUUAGCGCAGUCACUUUUUUGGUGACGGGCAUCUCUUUGGUGAUCAUCUCCUACGCUGUGCCCCGGGAUGUGGUCGUGGACAGGGACACUCUCUCGGCCAGGGAGAUGGAGAAAAUGGAACUGGAGAAUGCACGCAUUGGAGCUCACCUGGACCGAUGUGUCAUAGCAGGAUUGUGCUUGUUGACUCUGGGAGGGGUUGUCCUCUCCACGCUGCUCAUGAUCUCCAUGUGGAAAGGAGAGAUGUACAGGAGAAAAAUCAUUGCGUAUUCUAAACGUUCCGCCAAACUGUAUGGUUCCAUUAGCCUGAAAACUAAAUCUAGUCCCAGUCACUCCUCGGCACACUUAUCCCUUGAGGAUGUUGUGGAAAGUUUGAACUAGCAAUGCACAGUUUUGUUUCAAAUGAUGGGCUUCACAUACAUUUUAAUCACAUCUUCACUCUGGAUGUGGAAGUCUGUAAUACUUUAGUUCAUGCUGUCCACUCAGAAAAAAGCCAUUUCUAUUUUUCACUCUUCUGGGUCCAGCGUGAGCUGGAGCCUGUCUGAGCUGAAAUUGGACAGGAGGCCAAGUCCAACCUGAACCGGUCAUUGGAUUGCAUUGGAUUAGAUUAGAUUAGAUUAGAUUAGAUUAGAUUAGAUUAGAUUAGAUUAGAUUAGAUUAGAUUAGAUUAGAUUAGAUACAACUUUAUUGUCAAAUGUGCUCUGCCACUCUCAGUCAUUUAGUCUGAGUGAGUGACAUACAUUUACAUUUUAUUCACAGAUUAUACUACUCAGUACGUUUUCUCAUUUACUUGUUGGGUAUAAUGCAAUUGUUUUUUGACAUGGCAUGAAAACUGGUCUUCUUCAUGACACCCGCAGUUACAGCAAAUCAACAAAUUCAGAAUAUGUUAAAAUAAUGGCCCAUGUAAUUUAAUUUUAAUUUUUAUUUUUUUAAUAAAAACAGACCCAAAUUCUGAUUAGAUUAUAUGACCAUUUUAAUUUCGGGGGUAGAAAGGAAUUAUCUUUUCAACUAAAGAUGGAGGAGUAUUUAGCAGAGCCAGCAUCCCGAGGAGAUUUUAAGGCAAAAAAAAAAAAAGUCAAAUUAUGGCUUAUGCCACUGCUUUAAGAAGCUGGUGAUAUUUUGCUGUGUAAAUUGCAUUCAGAGGUAAUUCAACUUAGUAUAAUGCAUACUGGUAGCCCCGGGAGCAUUUGGAUGAGUUUAGCAAGAAGCACUCUGCAUAAAACAGCUACAGUACAAUUGCGAGCUGGUAAACUCCAUACUUUGCAAAAGCUACUAGAUAUACAAUACAAUACAAUACAUACAAUACAUGCUGAUUUAUAUAGCGCUUUCACAACAGCGGCAGCUGUAACAAAGCGCUUAACAAAACAGUUAACAUCAUAACAUCUUAUAUGCAUCAAUUUUCUAUAACGCUUGUCCUCAUAGAUUUGCGGACGAGCUGGAUUCUAUCCCAGCUCAUUUUGGACAAGAAAUGGAGCAUACCUCGGUCAGGUCACCAAUCAGUAGCAGUAUAUGUAUCGAUUAAAAAAAAAAAACAUUCUCAGUCACUUUCUCAUUUAUAGACACGUUUGAUUCUUCAGUUAACCAAAUAUGUUAACAUGAAUUUUUUUGGGAGUGCAGGAGAAAGCCACAGAAACCCAACACAAGCUUAGGGAGACUAUCGUUGCUGACCUGUGAAAAACACGUAUGUCCAUUUAUGCCAUUUUGUGAAUUUUUAUGUUAAUUGGAUGUCCGAAAUGUAGAUACCCUAUUAAGGCCAGAGAUGAGAUUUUAACCGAGAAACUGCGAGGCAGACGUCCCAACCACUAGACCAGUGGUUCUUAACCUUGUUAGAGGUACCGAAUCCUUCAUUAGUGAAAAACAAAAAUAUGACUUUUUAUAAAUUCAAGGCAUAAAAAAGGCAUUUAUUUAAAACAGAAAAAAAGUAAGUUCAUUUUCAAGACCCAAGUAUAAUUUUUUAUUUUUUUUAUUUUGUGACAUACGAUCACGACAGUCACACGUUGACUGCUGAGCAAACUAAAUUUCACCCAGCACUGAUUGGACAAGCAAUGUCAUAUGAUCAUCUGCAGCCAGUGGUGGCCAAGCAGGCGUGUCAUAACUAAUAGACAUGUUGAGUCGGGUGUGUCUUACCCUCCAUGGCAGAGGCUCCGUUGAACCCGAGACCAAUUCACCGAACCUCGAGGGUUCAAUCGAACCCAGGUUAAGAACCACUGCACUAGACCAUUAACAACAUCUUAAUACUUCCAUCUUAAAUCAACUGUGAUGGUGUGUGAAGAUAAAGUCAAACCCAUUUGUCACAUAAUUCUGAAUCUAACUAUUACAGCCCGCAGGCACAAUUUGGGAAUCAGAUAGUAGUCGUUGAAAAAACGAGCAGCUCUGCUUCAUUUCAUUUUCAGGGUAUUUUAGAUCUAAUCUACGGUUCAUAUUUAGCACUUCAUUCUACAGUUGAUAGUCUCUUACAGAGCCAAAUUUAGAGCGGUGGGUGGUGAUGUUUUGUUUAAAUGUUCUGAUUUUCAUUCUCACAAUUUUGAGCAUCUUUAUGUUCCGUGGAAUGUGUUAUAUAAAUCUUCGCUGUUAUUACUGAGGGGUAAAACAACAUGAUCGAAAGGUACCGCAAUACCAAUAUACUGCUCCUUCUGACGUGACUUUUACAGCUUGAAAACCUCUGACUCCAAUGAGAAUAGCCUCAUGGGUUAUAUUGUAAAUUAGUAUCUUGAGGGAUGGACAUGGACUCCUAAUGUAUCCUUUUUUUCUGACAGUGGACAGAUUUGACAGUGCAGACAUGCUCCGAAUGAAUACUCCACAGUCAACAAAUAUUGUAUUUACUCCACAAGCGGUCUGGGUUUUUCUUUUUACUUAUUUUUUUACUUACUCAAAUGUACGGUAACCAGAUGUCUAUUUAUUUGAACAAAUGCCGAUGAAGGUAAUCAAACAUGGCUAAAGUAAAGUUGAUUAGAGCCACGGUUUUACUACACGUUACUUGUUUUCUCGAGUGGAGAGAAAAGAGGCGUCAAUUUAGGCUGAUUUAUUGGUUUGUUCAAGUGGAUGACAACACGGUGCCUAAUUGAUCAGAUGCUUCUUUUUGGUGAUUAUACAGUACGGUCAAUAACUUACGCUGGUCAUAAUUAACACUGUCACCCUAGCUUACAAAACGAGUGAAGAACAAGCUAACUGCAUUGUCACAAACACUGAAAUGCCUUUUGGUCCAACGGAAAUCUUGGAGAGCUUUUGUUUAUUAUUAAGGCUGUAUUCAUUUUUAAUGUGAAGGUUCUGAACCGCAAAAUCAUACACAGAAACAUUUCAGAAAGUAGCCACAGUCCCCAGAGUGGAGGUACGCCUUCUAAGGGAUACUACUCUGUGGGAUAUUCUGCUCAGCGUUGUGCAAAGUAAUAUCCAGUGACAGUCCUUCUCUGGUGCAGUGCUGAGCUAAGCCAGUAAGCCCAGCUUGUGCAUCUGAGCCAAAGCUCCAAGUCGCUUUGACUCAACUUAGCAAUUUGACUGCAUUGGGCAGCCCUGCCAUGCACUGCGCACACUCCUCUGUUGUGUCUCGAUCUUGUGAGCUUCUCUUUACAAUCCUGCUCUUCCUGCUCUCUGGGUAAUACAUAUUCAUCUGUGGCCCUUUGUCACUGCAAAGAUGCAGCACAAUGUUUAUAUAAUGUUUUGGAAUUGGGCCCUGGAUGACAACAGCAGCCCAAGUUUCAUUUGAAAGCUGAUUAGCAUUUUUCUUCAGCUGAAUCUCUCUCUGUCUUCUUCUCACUUGUCCACAGUAGGAUGGCGAUAUUAACCAAAUUAAGGAGCUGCUGAGUGUAAACUUGGCCUACAAUACAAUGUGGUGAAAUAAAUAAAUUAAUGCAUGUUAAAAAAAAA